UCCAUGUCCAACUCCAACUCCUGCAACAACUGAGACCUUUCGACCCCGACCUUCGUCCACCUGGACUGUCCUGUUUACUGAGCAGGCUCACACUGAAAUGCCAGGUGAAGGCUCGAGAAGCUCUCCUAUACUUAUCUCAGACGACGAGGACGAAGAUAUACAACAUCCUAGGCAUACGCAUAUGGCCAGCACUUCUUUCUUUAUACCAAAUCAACAAGCUUUCAGACAGGGUCUACCCGGUCUACCUCCUCGUCCAGUUGUGGCCGCUCAAUCCGUAUCUAAUAUCACUCAGCGAGUUCAGAAUUCUGGCAACGCAAAUGUGAAUGAUGUACCUCGAAAACCGAAACGCAAGCGAGAGCAGUCAAAUCAAAGCAUCGACAACUCUGCAUCACCUAGCUCAGCCUUGCCUGCAUCCACUUCUGGCAAGAAUCUGGCGCAAAAUGGGGUAAAGAACAAAAAGGCCAAACAUUCUCAUAGGGGAAGAGCAGCGGUGAGACGCAGAAUGGCAGAAGAAUCAGAGUUUCCGACUCCAGUUCAAUCCUCGCCUGCACCUCCAACCUUUGAGCCCGAAUAUUCUCUCAGCUAUCCGUACCACUUUGAUCCUUACUAUCAGAACGAACCAGACAUCGCCUAUGGCUCUAGUCUGCCAGAAAAUGAUCGUCAUUCCCAGAGUCCCCAUCCAGACGAAGAUGAUAUGUACGAAGCUCGACUCUCAUCGUCAGAUUGGGUCAACUCGAUGGCAAGGGCUGCAGAUCCUUUAGCACCAGAACUUGAACUCUCGUCUUGGGAUCAUGAUCUUUCUAUUCCGUCGCCAGCCCCCAACCGAGUCCAUGAUUCAUACGGACCCUCUCAGACAUUUACUUUUCCACUUUCAUCUUUACCCCCACCUCCUCUUCCCCCUGGUUUUCUCACUCUUUCCGUCCCACCACCACCACCCGUCCCUUCACCUCCCCCCUCGAUGCUACCAAUACUACCGCCUGCAGUUUCAUCCAACGCGAAUGCAGAGAACAUCCCAACCGUUGCGGCCGCUCCAACCGUACUGAGGAAAAUUAUUGGGAUGCCUGUUGAUCGAGACCCCGAUGGAAAACGCAGUGGUUUCAAAAGUUCAUCCAACACUAUUAUUCAAUCACAACCACACGUCAUCUAUCCUCACACUCCUAUCCGUUCUAAUACCGUCAUCAUGGAGCAAUUGCCAAAGCGGAAUCGUGACCCCGGAUUCAUAAUGUCGUGGGGUGAGAAAGCCGCUGGCUGUGCCCCGAUAUUUCUUGCCGUAGACCCUAGUUCUGCGAAAGCAUUGGUCGAGUUUGCAUCUCAUGCACUAGCACGCAAGGCAUGGGCUAGCCCCAAAUUAGGAAAUCAUCUCUCGAGGCUACCCUCGACUGACCUGAAGGGGAAACCGAGAGAAGAUCUCAUUAGAGUUUGGUGGUAUAAACCCUCCAAACCUGAUCUGGUGUUCACCCGUUCAGAGCUGGAAGAAGGGGAGAUUGAGGACGAGACUCCGGCUGAGUCAUUGACCAAGGAGACGAAGAAGGAGAGGAAAGCAAGGUUGGCCAAGUCAGCUCGAGAAGAGAGAGAGAGACGAAGGGAGGCCGCCGCUGCCUUAUUGGAGCAGGAGAAAAUUGCAGGUCGAAGGAAUGAUACUGCCGAACUUCCAGUUCCUCCUUCGUUUCCAAUUCUUUCGGCUCCGCUUCAGCUCCUACCUCCUUUAUCGUAUCCGUUGCCAUAUGAGUUAGCGUCUUGGUCGUGCCCAAAUGUUCAGUAUCAUCCACAUGCUGACUCUAAUGCACCGCAACAACCGGGAUCAAAUUCUCAACCUUCUUCCCAAAAAAAGGUGGUCAUCGACGAAAACAGAAACAUCCCAACAGCGCAUGAGGAGAAGGACGAUGAGGUGAUGAGUAUAGAAGAAGGCGACUUUCCCAACUCCACAGAGGGUACUGGAGAGGAGACUGCCACCUCCGAUGACCUGGAACAGAAACCCUUACUGCCUUCCUGGAUAGGUUCCGUCACUGGGGACGCCAAUUUGGCACUUUCCUCCAGAACAUCUGUAUCCUCUGCACUAGAUACACAAACGGGUUUUUCACCAACGGAUUUCCCUCCCGCUACAUUGCCAUCUCUUUCAUCUGUUGCAGCUCCUUCGGAGCCGCGUGCGAUGAAAAAUGCACCGAAGGCACCAACAUUCACUAAACGGGUAUUACUUGCUCGACAGAAGGACUUGGAGGCACGGAUAGCUCGAAGUAAACUGGAACUACUUCAGAGAACGGAAGCGACGUCAGAAGUCAAAGUCAUCAGUCCUGCACCCGGGGAUAUCCAGGAAACGCACGACAGGCCUACCUCUCCCAAAUCACCGAUUGAAGAGAAGGUUAACCUACCCUCGAUACCCGUGCCUGCUAAUAAGGACACCGUUGGCGCUGUCUCUCCCAAGUUGGUCAGAGAAAACCACCUUCGGAAUCUUGUGUUAGCGAGUAGACGACAAAAGGUCACUGCGGUCAACGGAUGUAAUGAUACACCCGUGAAGGUAGUCACCGCAUCAAAGCCAAUAAAAGCAGAUGUCGAUUCCUCGGUGAAGGCUGUGGUUCAGAGUGUCGCUGCACCAAGCGCCUCAAACCCUUCUUCUUCAGCCCCAGUACCCCGUUCUCCCCUUGUCCAGACAUCCCUUGACGACCUUGCAACCUCGUUCAUCGCAGAGACAAUACAGACCCUGAAACCGGUGUCUGGUCAUAGUCAAACACCGCUAGUGGCAUCACAGGCUGCCAAUUUCAAACCUCCAACAAGUGCCGCAUUUUUAGCGGCAAGACAAAAACAGCUUGAAGAACAGAUAGCUGAGAGCAAGAAACUGAUGGAGAAACUGAUGCACGCGACAACCAAGCAAGAGAAGGAUAGAAUCAUGGCCAGUAUCCGAGAACUUAGUGGGUGCGUUGCCGAAUUGUUAAUUUCUGUUUCGGGGUGCAGGGUUGUUCGUGGAGCUGGAGGCAGCUAAGUCUUUUGUUUUACAAUCCAGAUCUUCGAAUGUGAACGGGAGUGGGUCCGCACCCCAGGCGCUCGGUCUGCCUGCGAUGGCGGCGUCUAAACUUUCUGUGCCGUCGUCAAGUGUAAAGCCUGUGCAAACUACCGAUUUCAAGUGUAUGUGGCCUACAGAAAGUCUACAUGGAGGAGGUAUACUCAUUCUCAGCGAUGAUGAAGAUGAGGAUGAGUGACGGUAUACAAGGAGCUUUUUCUUUUUUCCCCUGCUUUGUUCCCUCUCUUCUUGUUUUGUUUUGUUAUUUUGGAUGAUUGGUUCCCUCGUGGAGCGCUUAUAAACAGUUCGAUGUGCGAUGUGAUGGGGGCAAGGAUGGGAAUGCGCUAAGCGCAGACAAAGAAGUCAUUGAAUCGUUGUGCUUCCUCAUCCUCGCCCGCGUAUACAUGCGUUGCAACCGUAUUCCCUUUUGGCCGUCUUCAAUCAACAAGCAUUUGUCGGCUUUAUUUGGCUAGCAGUGCCAUGGUCGUCAAACGUCUCUCAAGAGCGCCGGACAACGUUUCUUAACUGUGGUAGUCAUCGGUUUUCAGGUUAGUAUGCAUGAUUGUCCAGAAUCGUAUCCGUUGGUUGACACGGUGGAUAUGACUGGCUAUCAUUUUAUGGAUGUGGGCAAGGAGAUUAGAGUGUACCCAUUUGUGCUUGUCAACCGAGCUUGAGUCCCGUACGAAUUCCAACAAAAUAACAAUGUGUUUUACGGGUUCCGUCGACAUUCUUUCGGGUUUUAUUGCUCGAUCUACCCCACUCCAAGGUUGUGUUCAUGAUAUUGUGGGCUCUCGCC